AUGGAAGAGCUCCUUACUGGACGGAAGAGGCUCGAGAUUGGCGAAGGCUCACUGGUGCAGGAUGGUGAAUGGAAGAAGGAAGACGAAGAGGAUGGCCUGAUGGAGCUUCACCUGAUGAGCCAUGUUGAACUCCAGGAGUUGACACCAGGAAGUCCAUGGAAGGCCGUCGCAGAGGAAGUCGCUGCGCAGAAAUGGAAACCAAGGCGACGAAUGGACAGCUGUUGCACUGAAUGCCCGGCACUGGAAUCACAGUGA